AUGAAUGCUUUCGGAGAUGUCGGUACUCUGAUAAGCAUCCUCGCCAAGCUCCAGACAUCGAGGAUCUUGGCUGCGAAUACUAUGAAAAGUUUUCAAGGAACCAAAGAAGGCCUUCCAUCGCGCCUGGCAUACAAUUUGAGCGAUUUCCAGCAACGAAAAGACACGUGUCCCUACUUUUUUGCUCGGUCGUGUCUUGACGAUGCAGAUGUGAUCGUGUUUAAUUACCAGUACGUACUGGAUCCUUCGAUUAGUCCUCUGAUCCUUCCUCACAUCAACAACCAAAACAACAUUCUGCUCUUUGAUGAAGGGCACAAUAUCGACGAUGUUCUUUGCGAAAACUAUUCUGUCACAAUCCCCUCUUCGCAUCUCAAAGAAUCCUAUUCCUUUCUCACCGAGUCCAUCCUUUCUUUGGCUUUCAUACUUUCUAAAGAAUUCCAGAAGAGAGAGGCUGCUGUGAACUCGGUAAGCGUGGUCAAAACGGAGUUUGGAGGCAAGCAAAUCAUCCAAAUGCCGAGAACGGAGCCUUCCUCGAUGACGAAGGAGCAAGCGACGGAGGUGGAAGCGUUUAUCCCUCUUCUAAAACUGAUGGUGAUGGCGAUGCAGAACUGGAAGCAACCGGAAAUCGUAAACGGACUUACCAUCAACGAAGUUCGACUUAUGAUCUAUCAAGAAUGUCUCGUCGAUUAUUACGAGCUUCGCACGUUUUCGGGGCGGUUUCAGCGGCUGCUUUCUGUGUUUGAGAGCUCCGGCUAUUCGCUGGCUCCUGAGAAGUAG